AUGGGCACAGUGGAGCUCCAUCGGCUAUUCUCCAUGCUCGAUGAACGACAAUGGCAACAUCAGCGGGAAGGAGCUCUCGGGAUCUGCGUGUCGGAGGAGAAGCUGCGGCCGAUGAUCGGAAAGGUUGACGCUGACGGGGACGCCGACGAGUUCGGCGCCCGGUAUGCGACAACAUUGGAAAACGGCGAAGGCGACAAAGGGGACGACGGUGAAGAAGACGUGCGGGAGGCUUUUAGGGUUUUCGAUCGGGAAGGGGCAGAUUCAUCACAGCGGAUGAACUGA